UUCUACGAUGACGAAAACUUUGGGAGGGCGCUGGAACAAAGAUAAAAACUACGUGGGAUUUCAGGGUCAUCAUUACAAACUCAGCCGGCAUAAUGACCAAGAUGACCUCCCUGCUAAGAUAUCUCUGUGCUUGUGUCUUCAUUCUCCUGGCUCUGAGCUUAGCCACAUCAGCAGCUCCCAGCGAGCCGCAUCAUCCUGGAGACCAGGCUACCCAAGAUCAGCUGGCACAAUACUAUUCAGAUCUGUAUCAGUAUAUCACCUUCGUCACCCGUCCAAGAUUUGGGAAGAGAUGGGAUGAGGUUGGAGUGGAAGACGUUCCCAGCUACUAAACUUGCAGGGUCAGUGACUACAUACGGGGCAGAAGAAAAAAAGACCUCCAAUCCAGGUGUCGCAUAUCUCAGCUGUGUGCUGUAAACACAUCUUUUCAUAUCCAGCUGAAUAAAACCCUCUAUGUUACAAAUAAAAAA